GACAGAGAGACAGAGAGACAGAUAGAGACGCGUCUGCAGACUGCAGAGUAGGUUGUUGUUUAUGAAUUGUGUUAAGGGUAAAUUGGAAUUGAAAAAGUUCUGAUUUCCAACUGUCUUCCUCUCUCUCGAUCACCCUCCUCCGACUCCCAUCCCAUGGGUCCUCAGAAACCCUCGCCUGCUAUUAAGAAGGGCGCCAAAGUUCUGGUGGUUGGGGCAGGACGUAUCGGCUGCGAGCUGCUCAAGACUCUCGUCCUUUCUGGCUGCGAAAACAUUCAUAUUAUUGACAUGGCCUUUGUAGAAGUCAGUGACCUCAAUGGACAAUUGCUCUUCCAACAAUCGCAUGUUGGGAUACCCAAAGCCAGUGCUGCCCAGCGUGCUAUCUUGAAAUUUAGGCCUCACAUAAACAUUGCUGCAACUCAUGCAAAUGUUGAGCACCCUUACUUUGAUAGAGUCUUCUUUAAAAAAUUUAACGUUGUUUUGAAUACACUUAACAACUUCGGUGCCGGGCGACAUGUGAAUCGACUAUGCUUGGCAGCUGAUGUUCCAUUAAUUGAUAGUUGGUCUGCUGGGUUCCUUGGACAGGUGACCGUACAUGUGAAGGGAAAAACAGAGUGUUACGAAUGCCAGCCCAAACCUGCUCCCAAAACGUACCAGGUUUGCCCCAUUAACGGUACUCCAUCAGAGUUAUUGAGACAUGGUCUGUUUGAAGGUAAAGGAAUUGUUGAUAAUACUUUCCCUACUGUUGCAACAACAAAUGCAAUUAUUGUUGGUUUAAUUGUCAUUGAGACAAUCAAAGUGCUGCAAGAUGACACAAAACAUUACAGGAUGACUUAUUGUCUGCAACAUCCAACAAAAAAGAUGCUGCUCAUGCCAGUGGAACCAUUUAAACCUAACGAGUCCUGCUAUGUCUGUUCAGAGACACCACUAUCAUUAGAGAUAAAUACUAAACGUGCAAAGUUGCGGGACAUUGUUGAAAAGGUAGUUAAGAACAAGCUUGGAAUCUACUCUCGACUCAUUAUGCACGGAACAACCUUUAUUUAUGAAGUCGGUACCAGCCUGGAUGCAGCCAUGAUAAUAAAAAAUGAAGCGAACCUUGAUAAGGUGUUGUCCGAGUUUAUUUCUCCAGUUACUAGUGGAACAAUGCUGACAUUUAUGGAUCAACAACUGUCCUGCAAAAUCAAUAUCAUACACAGAGAGGAAUUUGAUGAGGAGAAAGAACCUGAUGGAAUGGUUCUAUCUGGAUUGCCCCAAGCUACUUCUGUGGUGAAGGAUGAUGAGGAGUCCAAUGCUAAAGCUGACAGUGCAUCAAGUGCUUCAGAUUCGGAGGCUGAUAACUAUUAUGAGGUUGAAACUACUCCUGGAAAGAAAAGGAAACAGUCUGAGGUUUCGGGCACAGAUAUGUCAAGUGUUGUUGGUGAUACAAAAAAUCACGGAAAAUUGGAAGUCGACAAUGAGAUCUCAAUUGGAAAGAGAUCUCGAUCGGGGGAUUCGGAGAAGGAGCAACAUCACCUCAGUGAAAAUCCAGACGACAGUGCUGGUGUAACCUGUCUGAGAACCAAAGGCUUCAAGUCCGAAGAAGCUAAGGCUGCUGGAGUUGAGAAGUGUCUGGUCAUAGGAGGAGAAGGAUGUCGGAUCUGUGGUGAUGACCACCACCACACCGUAAAUUGCCCGUUCUUAGAGUAUGUUCCACCUGGGUCGAUUGUUGGUCCUGACUAUUUGGUAAUGUGUGGCGUAUGUGGUUCUAAGCUACGCCAGCCUACACCAAUAUGGUGUGGCGACUGCUGUGAGGGGGUAGGAGGACGAGCGGUGGAUGCGUCUACCUAUGAAUCACUUGAUGAGUUCGGGUGCGGCCUCAACCCAGAACGAUUUUGGGGACCAGAAUCUGAGGAUGAGUACAUGGAUCCGGAUCCGGACCUGGACGCACAUAGCAGAAAAGCAGAGACCUAUAAAAUUACACAGCAGAAUGAGCUUCACAGUCGAUCAUGAUAAGUUAAUCUGGCAUGUGAACAAGUUUGUGCGGGCAUGUAAAUAAGUUUAUUAGUUGCAAGAUGCCAAGACCACCGGCUGUGAUCUUUACUUGCGCUUUAAGCUAUCUCUUUGUCGCCAGGCUUUGUUGUAUUACGUACUGAAUAUUUAUUAUUUUACUAUUUCGCUAUAUUGACUUG